GUCGCAUGUGCCAAUUGUUGAGUGGCGUGCUGAGUGAGCCCUUGGCUGGUGUACGCAGGUUCGCAUCCAAUUAACUAAGCUGAAACCAGCAUCCGCCGCCGCGUACACCCCCAAGAACCCUCGUACUGUGUUCUGUGCAACCCGCCCAACGAUACACUCCUGCUUGCACGUCGCUCACUAGCAGUCGCUGCCAGUUCGCGCUAUCCUGCCCUGCAGUAUCCGCGUUGUCGCACCCGCUUCCGACCCUCGAGUCCCCCUUAUCCUGCGCGCUCUGAAUUCGAUGCCGCUUGAUCGGUAGUCUCUGGCCUCGCCGUCUCCAAUGGGCAAAUGGAAUUACGGAGUGGUCCUGGACGCGGGCUCUUCGGGCACGCGCGUCCACAUCUACAGGUGGCUGAAGAGCGACAAGGCGCGCAAGAACGACGCCGACCUGCACAAGCUGCCCGAAGUCUCGACUGACAAGAAAUGGACCAAGAAGAUCCACCCAGGCAUCUCGACAUUCGGCACCCACCCGCACGACGUCGGUCCCGAUCACCUCGACAAGCUGUUCAUGCAUGCGCUCAAAUACGUUCCGAAAGAUGAAGUCGCGAAUACGCCCCUCUUCCUCCUCGCGACCGCCGGGAUGCGCAUACUGCCUGAUUUGCAAAGGAAAUCAGUGCUUGACGAGGUGUGCGCCUACGCCAAGAAGUCGACACAGUUUCAGCUGCCGGACUGCGGUCUGCAUGUCCAGGUCAUCCCGGGAGAGACGGAGGGCUUGUACGGCUGGAUAGCCGCAAAUUAUCUGCUGGGAGGCUUUGAUGACCCGGCAGGGCACGACCAUGGGAAGAACCACCACACGUACGGUUUCUUGGACAUGGGAGGAGCGUCGGCGCAGAUUGCCUUUGCCCCCAAUGCGACUGAAGCCGAACGACACGCCAACGAUUUGACGCUGUUACGACUACGGACCUUGGACGGAGCGGCCCUCGAAUACAAGGUGUUUGUGACAACAUGGCUGGGAUUUGGUGUCAACCAGGCUAGGCAGAGAUAUGUCAUGCAACUGCUGGAAUCGAGUACCGACGCGGAAGAGUACCCCGACCCGUGCUUGCCCGCCGACGCUGCAAUAAUGGUCAGCGACGAUGGCAAGGUUAUUGAGUCUGGUUCUAGUAGCAAGGGCUACAAGCUGGUCGGCACAGGCGUCUUCUCAGAAUGCCUGACCAAGUCAUUCCCACUGCUCGAGAAGGAGAAGCAGUGCUUGGACGCCCCCUGCCUCAUCAACGGCCAGCACACCCCAGCUAUCGAUUUCGACGUAAACCAUUUCGUCGGUGUAUCCGAGUACUACCACACGACGCACGAAAUCUUUAAGAUGGCGGCCAAGGACGACGAGGAAUACGACUUCAAGAACUACCAAAAAGCCGUCGACAACUUCUGUAGCAAGAGCUGGAAAGACAUAGAGAAGGGCAUCAAGAACAAGACCUGGGGCAAAGUCGACGAGCAAACCGCACAAGAAGUAUGCUUCAAGUCCUCCUGGCUCAUCAACGUCCUGCACGACGGCAUCGGCGUCCCGCGCGUCGGUCUCGAGGACCUCAACAAGAAUGUUACAAAGGUCAAAGUCGGAGGCAAGCACGGGUCGAAGAAGGGCUUCAUCAACCCCUUCCAGGCCGUCAACAAGAUCAAUGACGUGGAGGUCAGCUGGACACUUGGCAAGAUGGUCCUUUAUGCCGCCAGCGAAGUGCCGCCCAAUGCGACGGACGCUCUAGCUGUAGGCUUCGGCGCAAACGUCCCCGGCAUCCCUUCGGAUUUCCAAGUCCCGGGCGGCUCAUACGUGCCGGUAAGCCAGGCAGAGGCAGAAUGGCACGGCAUCUUCUCAGAAGAUGCCCACCGUAUUCCCGGUUUCAUGAUCUUCACCCUCAUCGUGAUCAUGAUCUGCUACUUCACGUGCUGCAACCGCGAGCGCAAGCAAAGCUUCCGCCAGAAGCUUGGCGAACUCCUCAGCGGAGGCCGCGCGCUGAACCGGCAUUCAGGCCCAGGCUCAAGCGUACAGCGACGUCCGCGGCGCUCGUUUUUCCCUGGAAAACUGUUCAGUCGAGGCAACAACACACAGUCCUAUGAGCGCGUCAUGGAAGACGGCGAAGGCGCGAACGACUUCGAGCUCGGCUCGUUCAUCUCGGACGACGAGGAGCACUCUGAUUCCAGCGAAGGGUCUGCCCGCUUUGGCAGGACGUCGGGCUGGGCGACGCCACAGUUCAAGCCGGACACUGGGACGCCGACGUUCGACUCGCCGUCGCGAGCUGACAUUGUGGCGCAGGGUUCGGGACUGGGACUCGCGCCGCCCGGUGUGUUUGCAAAUGCCAUCGAUCGAGGGGGUUUGAUGAGCCGAACGGAUAGUAGGGAGCGGAUGGCGCGGAGCAGAGCGACGAGUCCGAAGCGCGCAAAGUUUGGGACUACCGAUGCGUAACGAGUGCUUCUUUAUCUGGCGUAUGGGACUUGCAACUUCAGAGGGCAUACCUGACCCUGCUUCUUUGAGCGAUUUUGGGAAGGGUGGUUUACCUGUUAGAGGGUAGGGCGUUGGCUGUGGGCGAUUGGCAUGCGUGAAAAGACCGCUUGUAUAUAUACGUCACGAUCUGCAUACGAUUCAUCCUCCAUCUCUCCGGCUCUUCAUUGGUGUCUUUGAUGAUACACGGCCACGCUCGAACAUGUCUCUCGUGGGAAUAAUCAUCCUGUUCAGUAAAGGCAUGCAUGGCUCUAUAGAGUGAAUGUCGGUACCGCACAUACGGCAGCUCGCUUUUUCCGUCUAUAGCUUGAGACU